AUGGACGCGUACUGCAAAGCAGUCCGGUGCCUGGAGGAAAAGUUUGACGGCCUCGAGCUUAACCACGUGUUAAGAAAAUACAACGAGGCCGCCGACGCGCUCGCCAAAAUGGCAUCCGAGCGGGCCACGGUCUCCCCAGAUGUCUUCAUCAGCGACCUCUAUAAGCCUUCCGUCGACUAUAAAGAUGACGGGGGCUCAGAUCAACCCCCAGUCGGCUCAGGUAUCGAUCCCGAGGUCUCCGCGGCUCAUGAGCAGGAGGCCAUGGACAUCAAGUCCGAGCCCCCUGCGCCAGACGACUCGCCAGACUAG